AUGACGGGACUGGGCAGCCCGGGCACCGGAAAGCCCGGCCACGCCAGGCCAAUCCAACCCGGGUCGCAGAGUGCCUGGCCACGCCGGACCAGACCAGCACGUGCCACGGACAGCUCGGCCACGCCGUGCCAGUCAAGCCAGGGUUCCGGAGUGCACGGCCUCGCCGGCCAACCAGAGCCCAGGCACCUGAGAGUUCGGCCACGACAAGCCACGACAGCCCGGUUCCCGGAGAGCUCGGCGAAGACAACCCGGGCACCGGAAAGCCCGGCCACGCCAGGCCAAUCCAACCCGGGUCGCAGAGUGCCUGGCCACGCCGGACCAGACCAGCACGUGCCACGGACAGCUCGGCCACGCCGUGCCAGUCAAGCCAGUGCCCCGGAGUGCACUGCCACGCCGGACCAUGACAGUCCGUGCCCCCGGGAGCACGGACACGAAUGUCCAGGCCAUCCCGAGCCUAGUAGAGCCAGGCCACCGCCGGACCAGGCCAGCCCGGGCCCAGGAGGGCACGUCCACGCCUGGCCCGGGCAGCCCGAGCCUCGGAGAGCCACGCCACCGCCGGACCAUGCCAACCUGGGCCUCGGAGAGCAAGGCCACGCCGGGCCACGUCAGCCCGGGCCCCGGAGAGCACGGGCAAGACGGGGCACGCCAGCGCGGGCCCCAGAGAGCUCGGGCUGCCCGGGCCAGGCCAACCCGACCCCAGAGAGCCCGUCCACGCCGGGCCAGGCCAACCCGGGCCCCGGAGAGACCGGACACGAAUUUCCAGGCCAUCCCGGGUCCCGGAGAGCACGGCCAUGCCUGGCCAGGCCAGCACGGUCCCCGCAGAACACGACCACGCCGGGCCAGGUCAGCCCGGGCCUCCGGGGGCCCAGCCACGCCGGAGCAGGCAAGCACGUACCCCGGAGAGCCCGAGCACCCAGGGCCAGGCUAGCCCGUUUCCCGGAGAGCCCGGCCACACCGGGCCACGCCGGGCCACGCCAUCCCGGGCCCAAGAGUGUCCGGACACGAAUAUCCAGGUCAGCACGAGCCACGGAGAGCGCGGCCAAAGCGGGGCAGGACAGCCCGGGCCCCGGAGAGGCGGCCACGCCUAGCUAG